AUGGGAUCGAAUUUGCCAUACGCACCUUAUCGCCUCGAUGGCAAAGUAGCCCUCGUGACCGGUUCUGGUCGCGGCAUUGGUGCUGCCAUGGCCAUUGAACUCGGCCGCUGCGGUGCAAAGAUUGUAGUCAACUACGCAAACUCGCGCGAGUCCGCUGAGAAGGUGGUCGCCGAUAUCAAGAGUGUCGGCAGUGACGCCAUCGCGGUAAAGGCUGAUGUCAGACAAGUCUCCCAGACGACCAAGCUGAUGGACGAAGCUGUCCGCCACUUUGGAGGGCUAGACAUUGUCUGCAGCAACUCGGGUGUUGUAAGCUUUGGCCAUCUAGGCGAAGUCACUGAGGAAGAAUUCGACCGCGUCUUUAGCCUGAACACACGUGGUCAAUUCUUCGUUGCUCGCGAAGCAUACCGCCACCUCAACGAAGGCGGGCGUAUCAUCCUAAUGUCAUCCAACACGGCCAAGGACUUCAGCGUGCCUAAGCACUCGCUUUACUCAGGGUCAAAAGGCGCCAUCGACUCCUUUGUUCGUGUUUUCGCUAAGGACUGUGGGCAUAAGAAAAUUACGGUAAAUGCCGUCGCACCUGGCGGUACUGUUACCGAUAUGUUCCAUGACGUGUCGCAGCAUUACAUCCCGAACGGCGAGAAAUACUCGGCUGAGGAACGGCAGGAGAUGGCCGCGCAUGCCUCGCCUCUCGUCCGAAAUGGGUAUCCGGUGGACAUUGCACGCGUGGUUUGCUUCUUGGCCAGUAACGAAGCCGAAUGGGUCAAUGGCAAGAUCAUCACGGUGGACGGAGGUGCUGCGUAA